AUGACCACACGCCCAGACCUCCUAAAACCAAUCCACGCCCUCCUAGAAGCCCUAACAGACCCAACAACAACCCCCAACCAACUCCUCUCAACCUUCACAACUUCCCCAAAGCCUCUAGUCCACGAACAUGGUCUCCCCCAGCUAGCUCCCUUCCUAGGCCGCCCAUUCACCGGCCAAGAUGGAAUAGCAACUUACUUCAAGCUCCUCUCCUCUCUCCUCUCCAUCAAGAACAUGGCCUUCGAGCCCGAGGAGAGCUGGGUGGUUGACGAGAGCUGCAUGGCUGUUUCGCUGCGCGGGACGGCGACGUUCGUCUGGAAGGAGUCACGGCAGGCGUGGGAUGAGACGUUCGUUUAUCGCAUUAAGCUUGCUGUUGAUGGUGGCGGUGGUCGGUCUGGGGAGGGGAGGUUGGCGGUUUGCGAGUAUCAAGUUUGGGCGGAUACUGGGGCUGCCUAUCUUGCUAGGCUUGGGAGAUUGGGGGAUUUGAUGGAAUCUGGGAGUGGUGGUGAGGGGAUUUAUGUUGAUUUUGAUGAGAAUCGGACAGGGUAG